AUGGCGGCUUCUCUCCAAGCUAGCAGUCCUGUUGACGCAGUGUCAGAGGUCGACAACCAGUUCAAAGGCCCGGUCGUCACGUCUCGCCUAGAACAUGGGCAGAUGCAAGAGUAUCUCGAAUCGCUACGAUCCCUGGUCCAGGUCUGCGUGAACCCGGAUCCUCCAACAUCAUCACUCGGCUUCUUGGCACCUGUGUCGGACGACGAGGCAGACUCGUACUGGCACUCCAUAUCGCAGAAACUAGCCGAACAACCGCCAACGCUGCACCUGUUCGUGGUGGCGACCGACUCCACGCCCACAGUCGUCCUCGCCACCGCUCAGCUCCACACUAUCCCCAAGGUGACGCACCAGCACCGCGCCAAGAUCGCGAAGGUGCUGGUCCAUCCGUCGGCUCGUCGGAAGGGAAUCGCCAAGGCUCUCAUGCGGCACGUGGAGGUGUUCGCGAGGGACGAGCUGAAGAGGGAAAUCCUCAUGCUUGAUACGGCUACUGAGACGCCGGCUCGGGAGUUCUACAAGAGCAUUGGAUGGGCGGAGUGGGGGACUUGUCCGGAGUAUGGCCAAUUUGCUGAUGGGAGGAGGGCUGAUGUGACCUUUUUUGUCAAAAAGCUACGGGGACUAGAUGGUCGUCAUCACAACUUCAACAAGAAAGGAGUCCGGCCGCAAGCCUAG